CACAGAUGGAAUCAGGCUUUCAGUUUACUUUGUUGCUCUGUUUGUCCAUCGGACUGUCGACUCCAUCUUGUUAUGGACAAACCUCCUGCCCAGGUUCCUGCCCUCCUGGUUGGACUCAGUUCGGCUCUCGCUGUUUCAGCUUCAACUUCCAGGGAAAGAGUUGGAUCGAUGCAGAGAUAUUCUGCUUGUCCCUCGGUGGGAAUCUGGCUUCGGUCCAUUCAGAGAAGGAACAUUCCUUGCUCAGAGACUUCAUUAGGAGAGUGACCGGUGAAAACAAACUUUCCUGGAUCGGAGGCUUUGACUCAGUGAAGGAGGGCGUGUGGAUGUGGUCUGAUGGAUCUAAAUUCGACUACAAACAGUGGGCUGCGGGGCAGCCUGACAACUACCUUGGGGAGCACUGUCUUCAGAUGAACUAUAACGGUAAAAAACAACAACAUAUAAAACAUCUUGUCUUCUAA